UGCCAAACAAAGCUUCUGGAUAUUCCAUCGUUUUCAAUUGCUUUUUUUCCUCUUUUUCUUUUCUCUAUUUUUUAAAAUUUACUUUGACAUUACAAUUCUGUCUUUUAUUGUAGAGUACUGCAUUCUAUAUUCUAUAUUACUUUAAACCAAUGGCUCUUAAGCGUAUUAACAAGGAACUCAAGGAUCUCGAGAGGGACCCUCCAUCGAGCUGCAGUGCCGGUCCGAUUGGAGACGAUUUGUUCCACUGGCAGGCUACCAUCAUGGGCCCGGAAGAUAGUCCCUACCAGGGUGGCGUGUUCUUUUUGAACAUUCACUUCCCUACGGACUACCCAUUUAAGCCGCCAAAGGUGUGCUUCACCACCAAAAUCUACCACCCCAACAUCAACAGCAACGGCAGCAUCUGCCUAGAUAUUCUCAAGGACCAAUGGUCGCCGGCGUUGACCAUCUCCAAAGUCUUGCUGUCAGUCUGCUCGCUGCUGACUGACCCGAACCCUGAUGAUCCCUUGGUGCCCGAGAUUGCCCACUUGUACAAGACCGACCGUGAUAGAUAUGAGGAUACGUCCAAGGAUUGGACCCGUAAAUAUGCUAGUAAGUACCUUCCAGCUGCUGAUCUGCUGUAAUGCUAGAAAUGCGUGCCAGGCAGAACAUGAGGCACAUUGCAUCCUGCAUUGCAUCCUGUAACCCAAUUUUUUGUAUUGUAUCGUGCUGCACUGUUUUAUUGCAGAAUCCUUUAAAUAUUGUUUUUGCUAACCGUUAUUUGACCGCGCUUUUCCGCUCUGUUUUUUUGUGUGAAUAGUGUAAACUCAGCCGACAACCGCCGCACUGGCACGACUACGCUGAAUCUUCGAAUUAGUGUGUUGAUAUUGGAGCGAUGUAUUUCGGUCUAUGGAGCUAAUUUGUUUCUUUUUUCUUCUACUCAUCUUUUAAUAAACACUUGGCUUUAUUCGAA